AUGAAUUCAUCAUCAUCUUCUUCUCCUAAUAGAGAGCGAGUGAAGUGGACUUUGGAGGAGAACAAAUUGUUCGAGAACGCUAUCGCAGAGUUCGAUCCUGGUUCUCCUGAUUUUUUUGAAAAGAUUUCUGAAAGAAUUCCAGUGAAAACUUUGAAGCAGACUGAAGAUCAUUUUAUAAUAUUGAUUGAAGAUGUAGAGAAGAUUGAGUCAGGCCUUAUCCCAUUGCCUGACUAUGGGACUACUUCAAGAGGUGACAAAGGAAAAGGAUCUAACAGUAAUGAUAAACCCAACCAGAGAAAGAAAGGGGUUCCAUGGACUGGAGAAGAACACGAGUUGUUCCUGAAUGGAUUAAAGAAAUAUGGCAAGGGAGAUUGGAGAAGCAUUUCUAGGUACUGUGUAGUGACGAGAACCCCUUCACAAGUUGCAAGCCAUGCCCAGAAGUACUUUCUUCGCCUUCAAAACUCCAGCAUUACUGAACAUAAACAAGGGUAUAGUUCGACCUCAAGGCAUAGGAGGAGGAACUCAUCAUCAUCAACAACAACCGAUAAAGCAGCAGCAUCCAUGGCCGCUGCUCCAUCACCUCAUCUCCCUGUGCCCGCCUCAAUCUCUAAUGAAUUCGCUGCCACCCCAUUUUCUCAUUUCUCUAGUGAUUGA